ACGUACAGACCGGAAGUUGUGUGUGAAUGUUUUUUUUGUUGUUGUCUUAGCUGGGUUAGCGAUGGCUGAGUUGGACAUUCAAGAGUUCAUUGAACAAAACAGGCAUUUGGCCGAGCAAGUGGAGACGUAUCGCGGAAUCUCAGAGAGCGAGAAACACUGGAAGGCCAGAAGAGAAUUCUUGUUCCGGAACAUAAACGAUUAUGAGGACCCACACGUGGAUCAACUGCUCGCGUUAUCAAUGGUGUGGGCUAACAACGUGUUCCUCGGUUGUCGGUACCACCCUGACCUGCUCGAGAAGGUGCAGGAGAUGGCCGAGGGCGUCGUAGUGGUGGACGCGCCGGUUUUUAAAACCAGAGAAGAAAUCAUGAAAAAGCAACAGGGACGGUGAUUGGAGCUGACCAGUCUUGCAAGGCUUCGUUUGACAGUUUAUAAGGUUUCAACGCGUUUGUUUUGUGUUUGUGUGUGUG